GUCGGCUCCGCGCCCGCAGUCAGUGUCUGGGGCGCCGCUGGGUCAGGCCAGGCCGGCACCUCCCGGGGACUAGCGCGAGAGCCACCGCGAUGAGCCCGAUCCUGGCGCUGUGCGGCCUGCUGGGCCUGGUGGCGGCGGGGCCCGCCCAGUACUUCAGGGAGGAGUUCGGGGACGGAGAUGCCUGGACAAGCCGCUGGGUGGAGUCGAAGCACAAGUCGGACUAUGGGAAGUUCAAACUGACGGCGGGCAAGUUCUACGGGGAUGCAGAGAAGGAUAAAGGCCUCCAGACAAGCCAGGACGCCCGUUUCUACGCCCUGUCUGCCCGCUUUGACUCCUUCAGCAACAAGGACAAGACCUUGGUGGUGCAGUUCACGGUGAAACACGAGCAGAACAUUGACUGCGGUGGUGGUUACGUCAAGCUCUUCCCCUCGGGCCUGAGCCAGGAGGACAUGCACGGGGACUCGGAGUACAACAUCAUGUUUGGCCCUGACAUCUGUGGCCCAGGGACCAAAAAAGUGCACGUGAUCUUCAACUACAAAGGGAAGAACGUCCUGAUCAACAAAGACAUCCGCUGCAAGGACGACGAGUUCACCCACCUUUACACCCUCAUUGUGCGGCCUGACAACACCUACGAGGUGAAGAUCGACAACAACAAGGUGGAGUCGGGCAGCCUGGAGGAAGACUGGGACUUCCUGCCUCCCAAGAAGAUCAAGGAUCCUGAGGCCAAGAAACCAGAGGACUGGGACGAUAGGGCCAAGAUAGAUGACCCCGAGGACACUAAGCCAGAGGAUUGGGAUAAGCCGGAGCACAUUCCCGACCCUGAUGCCAAGAAGCCAGAGGACUGGGAUGAGGAGAUGGAUGGGGAGUGGGAGCCUCCGGUGAUCCAGAACCCAGAGUACAAGGGGGAGUGGAAACCCCGCCAGAUCGACAACCCUGACUACAAAGGGAAGUGGGUGCACCCUGAGAUCGACAACCCGGACUACACCCCUGACUCCAGCCUGUACUCCUACGACAGCUUCGGCGUCAUCGGCUUGGAUCUGUGGCAGGUGAAAUCUGGCACCAUCUUCGACAACUUCCUGAUCACAGACGACGAGAAGUUCGCAGAGGAGUUUGGCAAUGAGACCUGGGGAGCCACCAAGGAUGCUGAGAAGAAAAUGAAGGAGCAGCAGGACGAGGAGCAGAGGAAGAAACAGGAGGAGGAGGACAAGAAGCGGAAAGAGGAGGAAGGGGACGAGGAGCCCGAAGGGGACGAUAAUGAGGAAGAGGAGGACGAUGACGAUGAUGAGCCGGAGAAGGAGGAAGAGGAGGAAACGGAGGGACUGCUGAAGGACGAGCUGUAAAAGGCCGUUCCCACAGCACCGCUCCUCCGCUGAGCCUCACCUUUGGCCCACACCAUGGGGCUCGCUUGGUUAAACCCAAAUAAGGAGAGGGGGAGGGGAUACAGUAAUGUCUCUAUGAGACUUGAACUUUUUUUAUUGGUGUUUUGUUUGUGGUUUGUUUUUUAUUUCACAUGCCCCCAAUGCCAUCAAGGAUCCGGUCAUGUGAG